ACUGAAGUCGCGUACUGAACGUAGUGGCAAGUCGUGUUGUUAGCAUGCGCGAGCGAAUAAAGCUGGACAUGAGCGAAUGUUCGUGUCAGGAACGCGAAAGGGGCGACGCUUCGCGUCGCCAUGGACGCGGUCGAGGGGUGCGAUCUACGCGCUCAGGCAGCGCUCAGCUGUGUUGUUGGCCAGUGCCCGUAUCAUGUAGAUGGCUUUAGGCCCCCGGCGUCUACACAGCGUAGAUGGCCCUUGAAAAUACAUCUACGCUGUGUAGAUAGAGCUUGUGCGUGCAUCUACACCCCAAAAAAUUUUCUUUUGGGGGGCAAGCCCCCCAAACCCCCCUGGAUCACCGUGUGUGUUUGGAUCCUGAUCGCCUGGAAUGACUGCAAAACAGAAAUAACAAUACAACAUCCUGUGCAUCAUACUGUAAUAUGAUUAGCUAUGGAUAGCGAUCAAAACGCGCCGGCUGCUGAGCCGGGCUCGCCAUCAGGGUCGAGUGAUGUUGUGAUUAUCGAGGAGGCAGGAGGCAGGAAAUGGUGGGUCGAGGUUCAUCGCAAGGCAAUUGCUGCGACCAGGGCCCUGGUCGCAGCCAUCAGCCCCCAAAAGAGGAAGAGCAGCCUCACGGCGAACGCUCCAAAGCCGGCUGCGGCGCGACCUGCUCAGAAGCCGCAACCGGCUGCACCGAAGCCGGCUGAGGCGAAGCUGGCUGAGGCGAAGCCGGCUGAGGCGAAGCCGGCUGGGGCGCCUGCUGCCACUCCGCCGUCUGCGCGCGAGUCGGCAGCCAAGAAGAAUCUCAGCGAGCAGUUCAGCAAUUCCGUGCAGGACCCCGCGACGCCGCAGGAGGUGGUGGUCCUUGACGACACGGAGGAUGACGACGACAAGGAGGAGGAUCUGCUGGCGAUGCUGACGGGUGAUACCGCCGCGGAGGAGAAGUGGCCCGAGGAGACACGGGCGCGCGCCAUCGCCAGACUGCAGCCCCAGCUUGCUGGAUACCCGGAUGUGAUUAUCACCAGGAAGUACACCCUGCAGUGCGGGCUCUGCAUCAGCGUGUUUGGCCUCACCACGGACAAGAACAUGGUCCUGCAGUGGACCUCCGAGGGCGGCGUCAAGCGGAUCACCAUGGCGAAUUUGCGUGAGCACUUCGACAGCGUGGCGCACAAGCGCGCAGCCAACAAGAAGGGCCAAAAGCCGAUUGUGGAGUUCCUCGCUAUCAAGGUCAAGAAGCUGGACAGUGACGCUACGGAUGUGGAGGUGCUGUCCAUGGAGCCCCUGAUGCCGGCGCUCUUCCGCUCGGCCUUCCACCUCGCCAAGUUGCACCGGCCCUUCUCGGACUUCCCGGACAUCCUGCGCCUGCACGCGUCCAACGGCACGCCGGGCAUCGUGUUCGGCGGCCCCUACGAGUCCGACACCGCCGUUGUCGACAUGGUGGAUUGCAUGUCGUACGCGCUGGAGGCACAGAUGAAGGUGGAGCUGGAGAACGCGCGAGCCAUCACGGUCCUGGUGGACGAGUCCACUGAUCGUGGCCGCAGCCACAACCUGGCCGUGUACGUGUCUUACGUGGGGCCUGGCUUCCGUGUUUACUGCCGGUUCCUCAAGCUGGUCCAGCUGGGCAGCAACUGCGACGCAGGCGCGCUGGAGAGCAAGCUGCUCGAUGCCCUGAAGGGUUUCAACGUCGACCUGACCAAGCUGUUCGGCUUCACCAGCGAUGGUGCCAGCGUCAUGACCGGCGACCAGACCGGCCUGUCGGCUAGGAUGCAGCUGCACAACCCGUUCAUGCUCCGGUGCGUGUGCUUGGCGCACAAGCUCGCACUGUGUGUCGCCAACGUGUUCGCCACCUUUCCCGAGCUGGUGAAGCUGGACGCCACCAUCACCACCAUCACCGGCUACUUCGCCUUCUCCUGCAACCGCAAGGCCCGCCUUGACGAGCUGCUGGAGGCGCUGGAGGAGGAGGUCCUGACCGUGCUGCAGGUGCACAAGGUCCGCUGGCUGUCCCGCGAGCGCGUGGUUACGCGGCUGCUCAAGCUGUACGACCCGCUGCUGGACUACUUCAAGGAGGAGGCUGAGGCGAACGAGAAGGGCGCGCAGGAGAUCUACGACACACUGCGGGAGGUGACCAACAUACUCCAUCUGCACUGCGUUGGGGAGGUGCUGACGGUGGUGUCCGGGCUGACCAAGGUGCUGCAAAGCCGCGAGCUGUCCUACCUGGACAUCGAGGCCCAGGUGCUGACCACGCUGGAGGUCCUGGAGCGCGAGUACACCACCGGCAAGAUGCUGAAGGACGGCCCCUUUGCGCGCCUUGUUUCAGAGCUGCGGGGCGCCAACGGCCUGUACCGCGGCAAGCACUGGAUCUCGGUCAAUGGUGUGGAGGACGGCCCCAACGAGUCGUUCGCAAUCACCAGAAUCGGCCUACUCGAGGUGCGGUCCACUAUCAAGAUCGUGACGGCCAUCAACGAUGACGUGCGUGGGCGCCUGCUCGGUGUUGUGGACGUCGCCAAGCACUUCAGAAUGUUCGACCCCAACCAGAUGGCCGCCAUCGCCUCCACCCCGGCAGAGGGCUUGUACGGUGACAUUGAGCUGGAGCAGCUGCUGGAUUGGUACGGCAUCGCGCACGAUGGGCACCCUGCUGUUGUGGACGCCCAGCAGUGCCGGACCGAGUGGCUGAAGGCGCGGCGGAACCUGCUGCGUGCGGCUCAGGCGGCCAAGAGGGUUGUGGUGGCCAAGGCGGAGGAGGAGGCCAAGAAGGCGCCCCUGGCCAAGAAGGCUGUAGCCGCGGCGGCAGGCAAGACGGCCGCACCGCCUGCGACGGCCGCACCGCCUGCUGUGGCUGCACCGCCUGCUGCGGCCGCACCGCCUGCUGCGGCCGCGAACGUGCGCAUCCCUACGCGCGAUUUCUGGGCGCUACAGCUGUACAACCUCGAGCAGACGUCGCCCGCUCUCAGCUUGCUAGUAAACAUCAUGCUGGUGCUGCAGGCCACCAGCGUGGAGGUGGAGCGCGGCUUCAGCACCCAGAACUUGAUCAAGACCAAGCAGCGAACCAGCCUUACCAUGCAGAACCUUGACGCGCUCAUGCGCGUCAGCCUGCUGGGUCCGGAGCUGGGCGACUACUCGGACUUCAACGGGAACUUGCUGGUGCCCUCGCUGAGGCGCUGGUUCGACAAGAAGAAUCGCUGCCCAGCGCGGAGCUGCCACGGGCCGCGGACCGGGCAGCAGGCGGAGGGGGAGGGGCGCGGUUAGGGGUAGGGACAGCGGGAGGGGCAGGGGCAGGGGCACGGGUGGGGAGAGGGGCAGCGGGAGGUGCAGGUGCAGGGAGCGGGGAAGUGGGAGCGGCAGGUGCGCGGCUAUGUUGAGGGCAUGGUUGCGAAGGCUUUGUACAAGGACAGAAACUGGCUUUUAGGAUGCGGACUGCGGCUUUUAGGAUGCGGACUAACGGCGUUUAGGGAACUCUGUGUGAAUAUUGAGAUGCAUGCGCAAACAGGCAAGCUAGGAUAGGCUCAAGAAUCUCACACACGUCUGGCUUCCCGUCUGUUCGCGUUCACGUUCAGCAAGCAGUUUGAUUAGCGUUUGCUGUCGCCACGAUCAUUUUACCGUACCGACGUGAAGGUCGAAGAGUUUGGGGGUCUUGCCCGCGGCGACACAGCCUGCAUGCGUCCAUCCCAAACAUUCCCCUAAGACUUCAAUGCUUAUAGCACAUGGUACGCGCCGUUGGGCAGGAGUUCUACAUGUAUACAACCCUGCGGAACAUGUGGCUUUUGCCGUCUAUCCUGCUACGG